GUUCUCUCCCUCCAAGUGUGAAAGAUUCACCCUUACUUCGAUCUACUUACAGGUGUGGUUUUCUAGGAAGAGACCGGACCAGGAAUCUGUUUAUAGGCUACUCGGACGAGUCGGUUCUGGGCACCAGUCAGACAGAAGAUAUUGCACAUUCUCUCUUUGAAAAGAGCCGAGGUCCGUGGGGAUCACUGCACACUGUCACAGUGGUUGCCAUCGUGUCGUCUAGGAUAUCCAUCUAUUGUCCAUCCAAUCGUUCAGGUGAUCCUUCAUUACCUCAAAUACCCAAUUCCCUUCCUCUUCACCUUCGAAGCCUCUUACACCUGUUCUCGCCUCUCCGAUCACCUUUCUUCAUCCUUUCACAAUGACUCCUCCACGUGUGAUUGUUGUCGGCGGUGGCUUGUCCGGUCUCAGCGCAGCUCAUACUGUCUAUCUAAAUGGUGGCAGCGUCCUUCUCCUCGACAAGAACAACUUCUUUGGCGGCAACUCGACCAAAGCCACCUCCGGUAUCAAUGGUGCUCUCACACGAUCGCAAGUCGACCUGGGAAUCCAGGACAGUGUCAAGCAGUUCUACGAAGAUACUCUGAAGUCAGCUCGUGACAAGGCAAGACCAGACCUGAUCCGAGUCCUUACAUAUCAAUCCGCAGCUGCCGUCGAAUGGCUGCAAGAUGUUUUCAACCUCGACCUUACACUCGUUUCUCGGCUUGGUGGCCACUCCUUUCCCCGAACGCAUCGUGGUCACGAUGCCAAAUUCCCGGGUAUGGCCAUCACCUACGCCUUGAUGCAGAGACUCGAAGAGCUGUGCGAGUCGGAUCCCGAGCGAGUCCAGGUCAUCAAGAAGGCCAAAGUGACGUCUCUGAACAAAGAGGGCAACCUAAUCACCGGCGUGAAAUACGAGUUCGGCGGCGAGACGCACUCGGUUGACGGCGUUGUCAUUCUUGCGACUGGCGGGUACGCGGCCGACUUUUCCGAGACAUCACUCUUGAAGAAACACAGACCCGAUACGUUUGACUUGGCCUCAACCAACGGCACACAUGCCACCGGUGAUGGCCACAAGAUGCUGAUGGCGAUUGGCGCAAACGACAUCGACAUGGACAAGGUCCAAGUUCAUCCCACUGGUCUCGUCGAUCCCAAAGAUCCCGGCUCCAAGUGGAAGUUCUUGGCUGCUGAAGCCCUCCGGGGCGAGGGUGGUGUUCUCUUGAACAGUGAUGGCAAGCGCUUCUGUGACGAUUUGGGUCACCGUGAUUACGUUUCGGGCAAGAUGUGGGAAGAGAAAGAGAAGGGCAAGUGGCCCAUUCGACUGGUCCUCAACUCCAAGGCAUCCAACGUGCUUGAUUUCCACACUCGACACUAUUCUGGCCGUGGCUUGAUGAAGAAGAUGACCGGUAAAGAGCUGGCCAAGGAAAUUGGCUGCGGCGAAGCCGCCCUUGACGAGGAGUUCAAGUCUUACAAUGACAUUGCCGAAGGCAAGAAGAAGGACACUUGGGGCAAGAAGUAUUUCCACAAUUUGCCAUUGGAUAUCAACGAUACUUUCCACGUGGCCAUCAUGGAACCCGUCUUGCACUUUACCAUGGGUGGUAUGGAGAUCAACGACAAGGCUCAAGUGCUGAACAAGGAGCAGAAGCCGUUCGAUGCUCUUUUCGCAUGCGGUGAGCUUGCUGGCGGUGUCCACGGUGCAAAUCGACUCGGUGGUUCGUCACUUCUUGGCUGUGUGGUUUAUGGUCGCGUUGCCGGUGCUUCUGCAUCACAAUACUUGUUCCAGAAACUCACAGCUGGUGGUGCUACUGGCGCUUCUCAGCGUCUGGGUCAGAUAUCGCUGCACAUCGACCCCAACACUCCUGGAAAGGUCUCUGUUGAAUGGGGUAGCGGGGCUUCGGGUGCUUCGGCUUCGGCUGGCACCCCAGCGAUCGCACAGCAGUCUCAAAAGAGCGCUGCCCCGGUGAUGGACGGCAAUAAGAGCCAAGAUCCUGGCAAGAAGAAGGACACCAACGACAUCAGCAACUUCAAGGUUCCAGAGAAGGAGUACACUUUGGAAGAGGUUGCCAAACACAACAAGAAGGACGAUCUAUGGAUUGCCGUCAAGGGGGUGGUGAUGGAUGUUACCAACUGGCUAGAUGAGCAUCCAGGUGGCCCUCAAGCAUUGUUCAGCCAUAUGGGCAAAGAUGCCUCAGAAGAAUUCGAAAUGCUUCACGAUGAUGAAGUCAUCCCGAAGUACGCUGCCGACAUUGUCAUCGGACGCGUAAAGGGUCAAGAAGUGCGGCUAGAAUACUAGACGAUGUGUCGCAUGCUUCACAUAGCGUUUUGGAUAGUUCUGGGAAGGAAAGGAGCAUCAUGAGCACGUAGGCCUUUUGUGAGGCUUGUUGAAAAUAUAAUCCGUCCUUUAACCA